GAAGUGUCUCCAGGCAGGCACAGAGCGGCGAGAAGCUCCACGGGAGUCCGCCAGUCACACGCUCAGUAGCGGCUACCGGAGCACCGGCUACGGCCAGCAUGAUGCGAAGCGAGUCGGGGCGCUGCUGCUGAGGAAUUUGUUUGGCGGGGAAAAUUUAUGAACAUUUUGGACGUGUUUUCUGGAAGUGAAUCUUGGCGGGAGGAUCCUCCUUUCUGGGUCUGGGAGCGGAGGCGCUUGAAGCGGGCAAGGCGAGCGAGGUCGGCGGCGGUGGAGGUGCCGCUGCUAACGAAACAUGAACAAAAACCACCGUAUGCCGAGUAAUCGUUCUCUGAGUGCCGUGGAGGUGAAGAGCAAGUUUGGCGCGGAGUUCCGUCGCUUCUCUCUGGACCGCGCCAAGCCGGGCCGCUUUGAUGAGUUCUACGGCCUGCUGCAGCACGUGCACCGCAUUCCCAACGUGGACCUGCUGGUGGGCUACGCCGACGUGCAUGGCGACCUGCUGCCCAUCAACAACGACGACAACUACCACAAGGCCCUGUCCACCGCCAGCCCCCUCCUCAGACUCUUCCUGCAGAGGAAAGAGGAAGCAGAUUAUUUGGGAAGUGACUCGCUGACGAGAAAGAAAAACACGGUGCUGUCGGCGGUGCUCCUGCGGCCCGACGCCAACAGGAAGAAGCCGCCGGUUAUCAUCAGCCUCCCGAGGGACUUCCGCCCCGUCUCGUCCAUCAUCGAUGUGGACAUCCUGCCCGAGACGCACCGCCGGGUACGCCUGUACAAGCACGGCCAGGAAAAGCCUCUGGGCUUCUACAUCCGCGACGGGUCCAGCGUGAGGGUCACGCCGCAGGGCUUGGAGAAGGUGCCGGGCAUUUUUAUCUCCCGGAUGGUUCCCGGCGGCCUGGCGGAGAGCACGGGUCUUCUGGCCGUCAAUGACGAGGUGCUGGAGGUGAACGGCAUCGAGGUGGCCGGCAAGUCUCUGGACCAAGUGACAGACAUGAUGAUCGCUAACAGCCACAAGCUCAUCAUCACCGUAAAGCCGGCCAACCAGCGGAACAACAUCGUCCGAGGCAGCGGCGGAGCGUCCGGUAGCUCGGGACGCUCCUCGGACAGCGGGGCCAGCUUCUACGGCUACUCCUCAUCCGCCAGCCUCGCCGCCGCAGCCUCUUUGCCAUCACACAUCAUCCAGAACUUCCCAGUGGGCGUGAUGGACAGUGACGAGGACGACGAGGACCUGGUGAUCGAGGCGGGUGGCGACAGCGAGCCUGUCCACCACAUGCUGUCCGACUACACUGUGCCGCCGCCGCCGCUGCUUCCUCGCUACGAACCACACCUCAACCUGCGAGCCGCCGCCUCGCCUCCCCCGCUCUCAGUCAACGGCGGCAUGAUGGCUAGUGCCAGCAGUGGCUCCCUGAGUAGGGCCAAGCGCUCCACGCCGUCGCCAGACAGAGCCGUGAGUAGGCGGAGUCUUGAGGAGGACGGCACUGUCAUAACACUCUAGACCGGCCAAUCGCACGCUAAGAGACACUUCCGUACACGCACAUUAGUACGUUUACAUCAGGCACUUCUUACAGACAUCCAUGGUAGCAUAGAUGCUAACAUCAUGCUGAUAUACACGCUAAAAUGAUAACACACAAUAACAUGAUGGUGGCAGACAUGGAACCUCAUGUUAACAUCAUGCUAGCAUACAGUACGUGAUAACACCAAUGCUAACGUCAUGCUGUCAUCAUGCUAACAAAUCUGCUAACAUACGCAGAUGGUGACUCCCCACAAACAAUACUGAAAUGUUUGUACGCCCCUACGUACACCCCCGACAUGCACCCCACGCACGCGCUUUGUAGGAGACGUCCCUCCACAUUCUUGCAAGUUUCUGGCAGAAAGUGUGUGUGUGUGUGAGUGACAGCUGACCUCCCUCUGGGGGGCGUAGUGGAGCUCCAGUGCCCCCUUGUGUCCACUCCAGCGAUCACAUCCAAGCGCUGAGGACACAAGAAGACAUUUUAGCACGACAAUCGUCCAUGAGAAUAUGACCUGCAGUCAUCAUCAUCAUCGUGUUCUUAUUAAUCUGGGAAUCACUGAGUAACGUUUUAGACGUACAGCGGAAGGAACCUUCAUUUGUUGAACUUUCUCUACUGUCAUGCAAGUGUAAAAAGAAGCUAAGCUCGUUGUUGACUGGGCCACAUUGUGCUCAGCAGCCUGGACGCAUGGCUGCUGUGUGGUUAGCAUGUGGACGCUGAUGUAAACCCGGCCAUCUUUUCCAAAUGAUAUUUUGUUUUGAAAAGUUUCUACGUGUCCAACCCUCAAAUAGAAUACAACACGGAAGUAAAUACCCCCUCAGUUGACAGACGCGCCCAUACUUUGCUUUGUUGUACUAAGGUCUGUGGUUAUCAUCACACUUUUCCUAUUUGGCCAAAAAAGCCAAAGAAAAAGCAGGAUGCGGGAACUUGACGUCGGAUGGUGCGUUGGCGUAUUGUUCCGGGGCCAUCUUAGGGCGAAAGCACGUGAAAGUGAAGCUCCUUCCCUCGGGACAUCCAGGAGCGUCGAAGCCUCCACAGGUGAAUGUUGUUGAUUCCACGGGGGUGUUUGGUGCAUAUUGUGCUUGCACAGCGUUGGUACGUAAACACAGUAGAGCACAUGCCGUGCACGCCGUACAUGUACGUGCACGAUAGCAGCUGCAUUGGUGAAGGAUGUCCACACGAGAACACCACCCGUGAUGAUCCUGCCUUGUAAAUGGAUGUCUUCUGUGCUACAGCGGAUGCUAAUCAUUCCAAUACACGAGUACAUGUUAAAUUAUUUCUUCUAUGCUGGUAUUUAUUCUCUCAUCCUCAACUGGAUAAAGCCAGCCGGUUUGUUUGUGUGUUUUUGAUCGUAUUGUACUUCCAGCUUAAGCAACACGUUGGAUCUUUCUUUUUCAUACUGUGAAUUGUUCUUUGAAAGCAGAACAUUCAGAGCUUUCUUGUUUCAGAAAUGAUUGAACUGCUUGGCCAGAUAAAUGCUGAGUCAUAUAUUUAGAUUUGUAACGAAGAUUUGUCAGUAUUUUCAUAUCGGAUGAUGAAAUGAUGAACAUUUUUACCAUGUUUGAAGAUUCUUACUGGAGCUGUACGAAUAAACAGAUGUACGCCUGUUGAUUGGAUGAAAUAAUUCUAUUAAAUCAGAAAUCAUUCAUGUGGCGCAGCUGUGUUUGCCUCC